AAGGACAAUCCCAUCAGAAACUUGCUGCAAUCCUUUGUCCAUUUCCUUCCUGUUAAAAUUACGCGGCACGUCGAUCGUGGCUGCCACCUUAAUUUGCGUGUCCAAACACUUUCCACAGCUCCCGUUAUAAAGCUAUAUGACCUCAAACGUCUCUACCAAAAAGAUUAUCAAAUAACAAGAAAAUGGCGAAACCGAGGGCUCUGAUAUUCAGUGUGGUGUUGGUGUGCAUCAUUGUAUCUGUUACGGCGUAUGAGGGUUUUGUGGGAGGAAAAAGAGAGGUGAAGGACGUGAAGAGAAACAAAGAGGUGCAAGAUCUUGGGAGGUUUUCUGUAGAGGAAUUCAAUCGACAAGGCAUAAAUGGUUAUGGAGAUCUAGUUUUCUCAGAGGUUGUUGAGGCCCAAAAGCAGGUGGUUUCUGGGUUCAAGUAUUAUCUGAAGAUUGAGGCCACCACGCAUAGAGGGGACAGAAAGGUGUUUGAUUCGGUUGUGGUCAUAAAGCCGUGGCUUCGUUCCAAGGAGUUGUUAAACUUUGCUCCUUCAAAGUGAUGGUGGCGGUGUUUGUAGUUUAAUAAUGAGGUUUCUUCUUUUCUUAACUUUUGUUUUUGUUAUGGGUUAAUCUUAUGCAUGUAAUGUAAGCAUGUUUAUGUAAUCUUCAAGAAUAAUCAAAUAAUAACAUUAACAA